UGCUCUCCGGCUCCGCUUCUAGGGUUUUGCCUCCGUCCCUCCGCCAAGGUUCUACCCCCGCGCACCACCCGCCCCCCGUCCGCUCCACCAUGACGGCCGCCGAGCUGCAGGCGGAGCUGCUCCGCGCACAGCUCGAGGAGCAGAAGAUCGAGGGAGAUGAGCCUAUCAUUGAGGAUGAUGAUGACGAUGAUGAAGAUGAUGAUGACGACGAGGAUGAUAAAGAUGAUGAUGAUGUUGAGGGAGGUGAUGCUAGUGGAAAAUCUAAGCAGAGCAGGAGUGAGAAGAAGAGCAGAAAAGCCAUGCAGAAACUUGGCAUGAAGGCCAUCACUGGUGUGAGCCGUGUUACUGUCAAGAAGAGCAAGACUGUUAUGUUUGUCAUCUCCAAGCCAGAUGUCUUCAAGAGCCCACACUCAGACACCUACGUCAUUUUCGGGGAGGCCAAGAUCGAGGACAUGAGCAACCAGCUGCAGACUCAAGCCGCGGAGCAGUUCAAGGCGCCAGGUGGGAGAGGUGGCCCCUCAAAGGGCGAGCCUUCUGUGGCAGCGGCCCAGGACGACGAGGAUGAAGACGAGACUGGCGUGGACAAGAAGGACAUCGAUCUCGUGAUGACGCAGGCCUCCGUGCCAAGAUCCAGGGCGGUGAAGGCGCUCAAGGCUGCUGAUGGUGACAUAGUCAGUGCCAUCAUGGAGUUGACCAACUAGGUGCUGGGAGGGUGAACUUUGACCUGAAAGUAGGGGGUGGUGGGCAGUAGUCUUUUUUGGCCAUGUCAUAUUGAAUGUUGCAGCUGCGGAACUGGAUGUUCUGUUCAUGUCUCUUCAAACUUCUAGCAUGUAGGGUUACUUUUGACAUCGAGGAUCCGGCAAACUCUGGAAUUUGUGGGAAUCUGAUCUGAAUCAGCUGCGCCAAUUUAUUUCUGCAAAUGCAAUAUCACUCUGUGUUUGA